AUGUCGUCGAUUGGGAAACGCUCGUUGCGUCUGCCUGCCUCGCCGGUAGAAGGACAGGCCAAACGACGCCGAACAGCCGCUUCUCAGCCCAUGACUGCCGAUGUGAACUCUGCGAAUGUUGGGCCUCCUUCUCCUUUUCCCCAGCCAACAUCAGCGGGGUUCACGCCCAAGAUUCCGUUCCAGCAUCUGCCGCAGAUGCCUGCUCAGCAGCAAGCGGCGGUGCCGUUCCACGCCCAGGACGCAGGGCGGGCACAUCCAAGCCGAUCUUGGACAUCCAGCCCGGCACUGCGCAUGGGCAGCUGCUCGCUGGACGAGAUGCUGUUGACGAUGCCUCACGGCCUUGCCUCUGCCGAGCUCGGCCGCCGCAAAGACGACUUGCGAUAUGAAAUCGACUACCAGGAGCGCAACCCGCCGGUGCUGCCCCCGUCCAGAGUCAAGGAUUUACCGCCCAAGCCGUUUAUCCCGGAAUUCCACAAGUUCCCCGAAGGAAUCAGCGACCACGAGCGCCUGGAAAUCGAGUCACGCAACAACACGAUUGCGGCGGAGCACCAGAAGAUUGACCGCCAGCGGAACAACCAGGCGGCCAAGAAGUCGCGGCAGGCACGCCUCGAAGCUCUCAACAACACGCGGGUGCUGCUCAAUGAAAAGACGGCCGAAUGUGCCUGGUUUAGGAUGAAGGUGCUUGCGCUGGGCGGCAACACGGCAGACUGGAACAACGUGCCGGCGGGAGUCAAGACGCGGCUCGUCAAGGAAAUCGACGGACGGGUCAAGACGGUUGAGAUGGAGGUUGCGGAUGUGAAGAAGAGAGAGGAGGCCAAGAAGAGGGCGGACCGGAAUAGGCGGCGGGCGGAAGUGAAGAAGGAUGAGGAAUCCCAGCUGUCGCAAUCCUCUCAG